AAGGGUCAAAGUCGUGGCAUCCUAGAGAUACUAUUGAUAAUAUUAGUGAAAUGUGUAUUUUAACAACAAAAACUGGCGUCAUGAGUUGUCAUUUGAAUAUUUCAGAAAUAAUAGAAGAAAAUGCACCUUUACAAUCUCAAGAAGAAAUGGAUAUUAAAGAUUCUCAGGCUAAAAGAAAUCGAGAGUUGAAACUUAUAUUUGAGCAAGCAAUUUUUCGUAACAAUGAUCACAAUGUUUCUGUGUCACGCAUUUUAUCGUCAGAUUUUAAAGACUACAUCAAUAAAGUGGUUCUCGAACUUAGUGAUGAAAUAUUAGAUUCUAGUUCACAAUAUUUAAAUGAAUCGGUUGAUCUCAAAUCACAAUUGCAUGAGAGAUAUAAUAAAAUGGCAUUAUUGAUUCAGUUCAUUCGCAACAAUUGUCUUACUUUGUUUACAAGUAUAUAUGAAUAA